CGUCUAAAGUGUAGAGUGUAGACAAACAAAAACACCCAAAGGGGAGGCAACGUUCUCCGACGCAAAUUGCAGAAAGCAGAAGGGAGGAGAGAGAUGCUGCCGCAGCGCGCCAAAAUUGCCCUUCAAGCGAACCCGAAGAAGGUGGGGAAUCUCAUUGACCUGGUUAAUCUACCUUCGACACUUCGAGAGUUCGUGGGUCAGUCUCAGAUCUCCCGUUUGGGUUGUUUCAUGCGCGUCUGGUCCUACAUCAAGACCAACCAUCUCCAGGAUCCAAACAACAGGAAUGUGGUUAAUUGUGAUGAAAAGUUGAGGAGUAUUUUGUUGGGUAAGGCUCAGGUGGAAUUGGUUGAACUCCCCAUGUUGAUCAAGCUCCACUUUCCUAAAGAACCCAAAUGAUUGUAUUUAAUAUGAUAUUUAAAUACCUCAUUUUCCCAGGUCAUAUCCAUAGUGAAGCAUCUAUAGAAACUUUUUUGUUUCCUUUUGGUGUGUUUUGGUAGGAAUUACUGCAAAAAGAGCUGUACCAACUUGUAGUCUGCUAUAGGAACAUUGUCUUCUGGUCUGACAAACAACAAAAGAGAUUGUAU